GGGGGAAGGAAAUUCCAACUCGCUCCCGGCCCACCCCCGCCCCGUUCCUCUCUCCGGCUCGCUGCUUCCCUCGCUCCAAUGCCGCCGAGCUGGUCCCCACUUAUGUGCGGCCGUGCUGCAGAGGCGGCGGCGAGCUCCCGGACUCCGGGCAGGGAAAUGGGGCAGGCAGUGACGCGCCGCCUGGGAGCUGGAGCCCGCGCAGCGCCCCGCAGGGCGAUGGACGGCCGAACCCCGCGCCCGCAGGACGCCCCAGCCAGGAGAAAACCAAAAGCCAAGGCACCACUUCCUCCAGCUGAGACCAAAUACACUGAUGUCUCUUCAGCUGCUGAUUCUGUAGAAUCCACUGCUUUCAUCAUGGAACAGAAAGAAAACAUGAUAGAUAAAGACGUUGAACUCUCAGUGGUCCUACCUGGGGAUAUUAUCAAAUCUACUACUGUUCAUGGCAGUAAACCUAUGAUGGACUUGUUGAUAUUCCUUUGUGCACAGUAUCACUUAAAUCCAUCAAGUUACACAAUCGAUCUGUUGUCAGCUGAACAGAACCACAUUAAAUUUAAGCCAAACACACCAAUAGGAAUGUUGGAGGUAGAGAAGGUAAUUUUAAAGCCAAAAAUGUUGGAUAAGAAAAAACCUACACCUAUAAUACCAGAGAAAACUGUGAGAGUAGUGAUUAAUUUUAAGAAAACACAGAAGACCAUAGUGAGAGUGAGUCCACAUGCAUCGCUUCAAGAGCUUGCCCCUAUUAUAUGUAGCAAAUGUGAGUUUGAUCCGUUGCAUACACUAUUGUUGAAAGAUUAUCAAUCGCAGGAGCCUCUCGACUUGACAAAAUCUCUUAAUGACCUGGGACUAAGAGAAUUAUAUGCGAUGGAUGUCAACAGAGAGUCCUGCCAAAUAUCACAAAACCUAGAUAUUAUGAAGGAGAAAGAAAAUAAAGGGUUUUUCAGUUUUUUUCAACGCAGUAAGAAAAAGCGGGACCAAACUGCAAGUGCCCCUGCAACCCCUCUAGUAAAUAAGCACCGCCCGACUUUUACAAGGUCCAAUACCAUUUCCAAACCAUAUAUUUCCAACACCCUGCCGUCGGAUGCACCCAAGAAGAGGCGGGCUCCACUGCCCCCGAUGCCAGCAUCUCAGAGUGUACCCCAAGACCUUGCACACAUCCAGGAGAGGCCUGCUUCUUGUAUAGUGAAAUCCAUGAGCGUGGAUGAGACAGAUAAGAGUCCCUGUGAAGCAGGAAGAGUGAGGGCAGGUUCACUGCAGCUCAGCAGCACGUCUGCAGGGAAUUCAUCUUUGAGAAGGACAAAGCGAAAAGCACCUUCCCCACCCUCCAAAAUACCCCCGCAUCAAAGUGAUGAAAAUAGUCAUGUGACUGCCUUACAGCCAGUAGAUGGAGUUCCUCCAGACAGUGCUUCAGAAGCAAACUCUCCUGAGGAGCUAUCCAGCCCAGAAACCUUUCACCCUGGGCUUUCCAGUCAGGAGCAGUGCACUGCGCCCAAACUGAUGGAGGAAACCUCUGUCUUUGAGUGCCCUGGGACACCUGAGGCAGCCAUAACAUCAUUGACAUCUGGAAUAAGCUCUGAUUAUAGCCUUGAAGAGAUAGAUGAAAAGGAAGAACUGAGUGAAGUGCCUAAAGUUGAAGCUGAAAAUAUUUCUCCGAAGUCACCAGAUAUUCCUUUUGUAUCUACUGAUAUAAUAAAUACACUGAAAAAUGAUCCAGACUCAGCCCUUGGCAAUGGUAGUGGAGAGUUCUCACAAAACUCCAUGGAAGAAAAACAAGAAACUAAAAGCACAGAUGGACAAGAACCACACAGUGUAGUAUAUGAUACAAGCAAUGGAAAGAAGGUAGUUGACAGUAUAAGAAACUUGAAGUCGUUGGGCCCAAACCAAGAGAAUGUAGUUCAAAAUGAAAUAAUUGUCUAUCCAGAGAACACAGAAGACAAUAUGAAAAAUGGAGUGAAGAAAACAGAAAUCAAUGUAGGAGGUGUUGCCAAAAAUAACAACAUUGAUAUGGAAGUUGAGAGACCAUCAAACUCUGAGGCACAUGAAACUGAUACUGCUAUAAGUUACAAGGAAAACCAUCUAGCAGCUUCAUCAGUACCAGAUCAAAAACUGAAUCAACCCAGUGCAGAAAAGACAAAAAUGCAAGAUGCAGCAAUUCAGACAACCCCUUCUUGUAACAGUUUUGAUGGGAAACACCAAGAUCAUAAUUUGUCUGACUCCAAAGUUGAAGAAUGUGUGCAAACUUCAAAUAACAACAUAUCAACUCAACACUCAUGCUUAAGUUCACAAGAUUCUGUAAAUACCUCAAGGGAAUUCAGGAGUCAAGGCACCCUAAUUAUACAUUCAGAAGAUCCGCUUACUGUAAAAGAUCCAAUUUGUGCACAUGGUAAUGAUGAUCUUUUGCCUCCUAUAGAUAGGAUUGACAAAAAUUCAACUGCUUCUUACCUAAAGAAUUACCCACUUUACAGACAGGACUACAAUCCCAAGCCAAAACCUUCAAAUGAAAUUACACGAGAGUAUAUACCCAAAAUUGGCAUGACUACUUAUAAAAUAGUGCCUCCCAAAUCCUUGGAAAUAUCAAAAGACUGGCAAUCAGAAACCAUAGAGUAUAAAGAUGAUCAGGACAUGCAUGCUUUAGGGAAAAAGCACACUCAUGAGAAUGUGAAAGAAACUGCCAUCCAAGCAGAAGAUUCUGCUAUUUCUGAAAGCCCAAAAGAGCCACUGCCAAACCUUAAACCGAAGCCUACCCUGAGAACAGAGCAUCAAGUGCCCAGUUCUGUGAGCUCACCUGAUGGUGCCAUGGUUAGUCCUCUGAAACCUGCUCCCAAAAUGACAAGAGACACUGGCACAGCUCCUUUUGCACCAAAUUUGGAAGAAAUAAACAAUAUUUUGGAAUCAAAAUUUAAAUCUCGGGCUUCAAAUGCCCAAGCCAAACCCAGCUCUUUUUUUUUGCAGAUGCAGAAGAGAGUAUCGGGUCACUAUGUGACAUCUGCAGCUGCCAAGAGUGUCCAUGCUGCCCCUAAUCCUGCUCCAAAAGAACUGACAAAUAAAGAGGCAGAAAGGGAUAUGCUGCCUUCUCCGGAGCAGACUCUUUCCCCCUUAAGUAAAAUGCCUCACUCUGUUCCACAACCCCUUGUUGAAAAAACUGAUGACGAUGUCAUCGGUCAGGCUCCUGCUGAAGCCUCCCCUCCUCCCAUAGCUCCAAAACCUGUGACAAUUCCUGCUAGUCAGGUAUCCACACAAAAUCUGAAGACUUUGAAAACUUUUGGUGCCCCACGACCAUACUCAAGUUCUGGUCCUUCACCAUUUGCUCUUGCUGUAGUGAAAAGGUCACAGUCUUUCAGUAAAGAGCGCACCGAGUCACCUAGUGCCAGUGCAUUGGUCCAACCUCCAGCCAACACAGAGGAAGGGGAGACUUAUUCUGUAAAUAAAUUUGUGGACAUCCCACAGCUUGGUGUGUCUGAUAAGGAAAAUAACUCUGCACAUAAUGAACAGAAUUCCCAAAUACCAACUCCAACUGAUUGCCCAUCAUUCACUGUUAUGAGACAAAGUUCUUUAACAUUCCAAAGCUCUGACCCAGAACAGAUGCGACAGAGUUUGCUGACUGCAAUCCGUUCGGGAGAGGCUGCUGCCAAAUUGAAAAGGGAUGGAUAAUGCAUCUGUAAACCUGAAACGUACCCAUUCUCCUUGAAGGCAAAUGUUAGGGCAUCUGCCUUAACUUUGGCAUAAAGAUGUUCACUGAUCCUGGCUUACUGGACUUUAAUACAGUACUAAUGAAUUGAAGCACACUGUGAACUACAAACAUAUUUUCAUUCAUCAUGGCAGAUGCUCUUUGAGACUUGCAUUGUGAGGACAGAAGUUCAAUUAAUGUGUUUCCCAUUUGUUCUUCUGACAGAUAGAGGCCAAAUGACACAAUGGGAAGAUCUUCAACUAAGUGUCAAGAAAAAAACUAGUGUUCUAGUGUUCUAGAGUCCUCUUUGCCACUUAAAAUAGCCUUGUGACUAUAAGUGUGUCAUCCAUCAUCUUGGAGGUUCAGAAAUGGAAAGGAAAGACAUUUUGUAAGUGGCAUAGCAUAAAUGUCGAUAGAAUCCUGGCUUUGUCACUCCAACUUAGGUGACCACUAAACCAUCUGUUUCCAUUUUCUCUUUCACUUAUUUAAUAUACAUUUAGUGGUUAGCAUAAACUGACGCUGUAUUAAAUAAUUAAAAAAUGAAAUAAAUGGUUGUUGUCUAGAGAAAUGCAGCAUUUAGUGUGAAAGGCAGACAUCCAAACCUCACAUGAUAUGGUCAAUAAAAGCCUUUCUCAAAUUUUUAUGUGUAUAGGAACCACCUGAGGAUCUCCUUAAAAUGCAGAUUGUAGUUCACUAGGUCUGGAGUGGGACCUGGGAUUCCUCAUUUCACACAAGCUUCCAGGCUAUGGAUACUGCUGAUCAGUGAAUCACAGUUUGAGAAGUGAGUGUAAUAAAAUAUAAACAGAAAUAUGCUAUCAGAGCACAUAAGAAAAGAAACUAACUGAACUAUGUAGCAUCCAAAGAGGAAGUGAGACGGAGUUGAAGGAUGAGUAACAAAAGAUGCAAAGGAAGGCAUUUAAAUGUCUUUGAGUAGAGGCACUAUUUUAUGUAGAACACAGAGGUAUGAAUUGCCAUGGUGUGAGUGUAGAAAAAUAAUCCCACACUGGGGAGUCAUGUACAGGGAGACCAGUUUCCAGGAAGAGCAACAGUUCACUUAGGAGGUAAUGAAGGCCUGAAUUACUUUAAUGUAUUCAUGUGAUUAUUCAUAGCUGAGUUUUCUAAAAGGUGUAGUGGAGAGGGCGUAAUGAAGGGGAAAACAGGGAGGAUAAAAAGAAAAAGGAAAUACAUUUCUCCCAAUAUAUUUGUAAGGUAAAAAGUGACAAGGCCAUGGCCAGGUUCAGUGGCUCAUGUAUGUAAUUCCAGUGCUUUGGGAGGCUGAGAUAGGAGGAUCACUUAAGGCCGGGAGUUCAAGAUCAGCCCAGGCAACAUAGCAAGACCCUAUCUCUACAUAAAAUUAGCCGAGUGUGGUGCCACGUGUCUGUAGACCUGACUACUUGGGAGACUGAGGCAGAAGGAUCACCGGAGCCCAGGAGUUCAAGGUUACAAUGAGCUAAGAUCAUGCCACUGCCCUCCAGCCUGAGUAACAACAGAGCAAGACCCUGUCUCAAAAAAAAAAAAAAGAAAAGAAAAGAAAGAAAAAAAGAAAAACAAAAACAAAAAAGAAAAAGCAAAUGACAGACCCAAAUCACUGAUCAUAUGUGGCUGAGGGUAAAAGGGGAGAGAGACAGGAAAAUGUAUUGCUCUGGUGACUGGUAAUGUUGUUUUUACUCAAGAUAAUGGUUAUACUAGGAGAAACAGUUUCUGAUUUGUUGGAGGAGGUAAAAAGUGAAGACAAAAUGAAUUUGAACAUUGAAAAUUUAAUGACUGAGGGACAUAUUUCCAGGGCCACUCUAGGUUUAAAGAUCUAUUAUUGCUUCCCUAUUAUUAAGUACAUUUUCUUUGAAUGCUGCAUAGAGUGGCUACUUCAUAUUUUAUAAUAAAUUUAAACAACAAUUUUGAAAAAAAUUAACAUUUUAGCAUCAUUUCAUGAGUCCUUUGAGUGACUUCAUUUUCUCAUUUGUAAAUUCUUUGUGUAUUCCUUAAAGUUGGGUGUUAUGACUUUUAAUAGUACUAGGAAUAAUGCCCGCAAGAUGGCAGAGGAAGGUGCCUAGACCUUGCUCCCCAACAGAAACACUGACUUAACAACAAUACACAGCUCAAAAAGCCUUUAUGACAAUGGUAGAAUUCAGUUAGAAAGUUGAAGUACACCAGGCAAACACAAAGUCAAGAAUAGCCCCAUUGAAAUGGGAAGGAGAAGCAAGCUCCUCCUAAGCUGUUACAGUUCAUAAUCUGAAUGAAAAGCCCCAAUGUACAGCUUCUCCCUUGGGGGAAAGAAGAAGAUUGGAAUGUAUGUCCAAGUUUCAGCUUUUGGGGUGGGAGGAGGGCACAGCCUGAGAGAUUGGUUUCUAUCUCUCCUAACUUGGAGCAUUAACAGGGAACUGGGAUGCUUUGGAUGCCUGAGAACAAAAUGCAGCUCAGUGAAUUGUGGCAGCACCAGAGAAACUGCAGUACUACAGACAGACAUCAGAGAGAGCAAGAGAUGACAAGUUCCUGAAAAAUAAACUGGCAAACCUCUCACUAUAAAAUUACAUGCACAAAUUCAGGGAAGAUACAUUCCCAUAAAAGGCUUGUGAGGCCACUAGAAUCUCUAUGCAGGCUGAUUUAUGAAGGUCUUCCCCGUACAAAACCAGUGCACAAAGAUUGGGAGAAGUGGCUGCGUUUUAAAUGCAAAAAUCACAAUAAAACGUAAGGCAUACAAACAAAUAAGAAAACAGGGCCAAUUCAAAAGAAUAAAGCCAAUUUCCCAAAACCAAUCCUAAAGAAACAACAAGAUCUGUGAAAGUAGCUAACAAAGAAUUUAAAAUAAUCGUCUUAAAGAAGCUCAAUGUGCUUUUAGAGAAGAUAGAAAACUAAACAAAAUCAGAAAAAUGAUGCAUGAACAAAUUGAGAGUAUCAUUAAAUAGAUUUUUUAAAAACCUAGUAAAAACAGAACCAAACAAAUUCUGGAGCUGACAAAUAAAAUAACUGAAUUGAAAAAUUCACUAGAACAGAUGAAAGUAGACUUGAUCAAGCAGAAGAAGGAAUCAAUGACUUCAAAGACAUUGAAAUUUCAAAGGUCACUUGAAAUUAUCAAGAGAAUAACAACAACAAAAGAACAAAGAAAAGUGUUGAAAGCCUAAGGAACUUAUAAGACACCAUCAAGCAGAGCAAUAUAUACAUUAUAAAAGUUUCAGAAGAAGAAGAGAGAGAAUGGGGCAGAGAGCUUAUCUGAAGAAAUAAUUCCCAAAUCUGAGAAAGAAAAUUGUUGUCCAAAUUCAAAAAGCUCAAGGAACUAUAAUGUUGAUGAAUGUAAAAAGGCCCACACUAAGACACAUUAUAAAGUCAAAAGACAAAGACAAAAAGAGAGUCUUAAAAGCAGCAAGAGAAAAGUAACUCAUCACAUACAGGGGAACUUCCAUAAGAUUAUAAGUGGAUUUCUCAGCAGGAACACCUGCUUUACAAGAGAAGAAAGAUCUCAAAUCACCAACCUAAAUUUACACCUUAAGUAACUAGAAAAAGAAGAUCUAACUAAACCUACAGUUAUCUAAAGGAAAGAAAUAAUAAAGGGUAGAGCAGAGAUUAAUAAAAUACAGAAGAGAAAAAAGUCAGCAGAACUGAGCUCAUUCUUUGAAAAGACCAACAAAAUUGACAAACUAAUCUUCUCAAACUCUUCAGAAAAAUGGAAGUGGGGGAACACUGCCUCUUGAUGCAAAAUCCCUCAACAAAACACUAGCAAACCAAAUCCAUAACACAUUAGAAGGAUUAUACAUCAUGACUAAGUGGAAUUUAUUCCUGGAACGUGAGGAUGGUUCAACAUAUGAAAAUCAAUCAAUGUUAUACACUACAUUAACAGAAUGAUGGACAAAAACCAUGUGAUCAUCUCAAUUGAUGCAGAAAAGGCAUUUUGCAAAACUCCAAAAACUUUCAUCAUAAAAACACUCAACACAAAAGGAAAAUAAAAAGGGAAUGACAUCCACAUAAUAAAGGCCAUAUGUGAAAAGCCUACAGCCAACAUCAUGCCAAUGGUGAAAAACUGAAAACUUUUCCUCUAAGAUCAGAAGCAAGGCAAGAAUACCCACUCUUGUCACUUCCCUUCAACAUAGCACUGGAAUACCUAGCCAGAGCAAUCAGACAGGAAAAAGAUAUAAACAGAAUCCAAACACAAAAGGACUAAAUACAAUUAUCUGUGUUUACAGAUGACAUGAUGUCUUAUGUAGAACACCCUAAUGAUCCUAUAAGAAAACCUAUUGGAACUAAUAAACAUAUUCAGCAAAGUUGAAGAAUACAAAAUCAACAUGCAAAAAUCAGUUGCAUUUCUAUAUAUUAACAAUAAACAACCUGAAAACAAUUUAAGAAAAAAUAUGAUUUUCAAUAGUAUCAAAAAGAAUACUUAGGAAUAGGCUGAAGCCAAGAGGCAAAAAUCUUGUACACUGAAAACUAUAAAACGUUGCUGAAAGAAAUCAACAAAGACACAAACAAAUGGAAAUGCAUCAUGUUUGUGGGUUGCAAAACAAUAUUGUUAAAAUAUCUACCCUACCCAGAUCAAUCAAUGAAUUCAAUGCAAUCACUGUCAAAAUCCUAAUGGCAUAUUUUUUGUAGAAAUAGAAAAAAAGAAUCCUAAAAUUCAUAUGGAAUCUCAAACGACAAUGAUGAAAUGAUCUUCUACAAAGGCACCAAGGCUAUAUAAGAGAGAAAAGACAGUCUCUUCAGCAAAUGAUGUUGGGAAAACCGUGUAUCUAUAUCCAAAAGAAUGAAAUUCAACCCUUACCUUAUGCCAUAUACAAAACUUAAAAUGGAUUAAAGACCUAAAUGUAAGAUCUGAAACUAUAAAACUCCUAAAAGAAAACACAGGAAAAAAUCUUCAUGGCAUCGGAUUUGGCAAUGAUUUCUUGGAUUUGACACUGAAAGCACAAGCAACAAUAGCAAAAACAGACAAAUCGGACUAAUGUAACUUGAAAACUUCUGCACAGCAAAUAAAACAAUCAACAGAGUGAAAAGGUAACUUAUGAAAUAGGAGAAAAUAUUUGCCAACUAUAUAUCUUAUAAGGGGUAAAUAUCCAGAAUGCAUAAAAAACUACUAAAACUCAACAAGAAAAAGAAAAGCAACCCAAUUAAAAAAAUGGGCAAAAGAUUUGAAUAGAUAUUUCUCCAAAGAAGAUGUAGAAAUAGCCAACAAGCAUAUGAGAAUAUGCUAAACAUCAGUAAUCAUUAGGGAAAUGCAAAUCAAAUCCACAGUAAGAUAUCACCUCACACCAGUUAAGAUGGCCACUGUCAAAAUAAUCAGAAAAUAACAAGUGUUGGUGAGGCCAUGGAGAAACUAGAACACUUGUACACUAUUGGUGAGAAUGUAAACAGUACAGAGAUUUCUCAAAAAAUUAAAAAUAGAAUUAUCACAUGACCCAGCAAUCCCACUUCUAGGUACAUACACAAAAGUAUUGAAAACAGGAACUCAGAAACAUAUUUGUGUACUGACAUUCAUUGCAGCAUUAUUCACAAUAUCCAAGAAGUGGAAGCAACAUUAAUGUCUGCCAACAGAUGAAUGGAUUUUAAAAAACAUAUUCAGUGUAUUAAUCCAUUUUCAUGCUGCUGAUAAAGACAUACCAAAAACUGGGCAGAAAAAGAGGUUUAAUGGACUUACAGUUCCACAUGGCUGGGGAGGCCUCACAAAUAUGGUGGAAGGCAAGGAGGAGCAAGUCACGUCUUACAUGAAUUGUGGCAGGCAAAGAGAGAGCUUGUGCAGGGAAACUCUCCUUUUUAGAACCAUCAGAUCUCAUGAGACUUACUCUCUACCACAAAAACAGCACGGAAGAGACCUACCCCAUGAUUCAAUUAUCUCCCACCGGUUCCCUCCCACAACACGUGGGAACUAUAGAAGCUACAAGAUAAGAUUUGUGUGGGGACACAGAUCCAAACCAUAUCAUUAAGCCUGAAGAAAGAAGGAAUAACCCUGUUGAGAUAUACAACAUGGAGGACAUUAUGUUGACUGAAAUAAGCUAGUCAUGAAAAGACAAAUGCCAUAUGAUCCCACUUAUAUGAAGUAUCUAAAACAGUCAAACUUUUAGAAACAGAUAAUAGAAUGGUGAUUGCCAGGGACUAGAGGGAGGGAGAAAUAGAUAGUUAUUGUUUAAUGGGCAUAAGGUUGCAGUUUUGUAAGAUGAAAAGAGUUCUGGAGAUGGAGGAUGGUGAUAUUUGUACAACAUUCUGAAUGUACUUAGUACCACUGAACUGCACACUUAAAAAUGGUUAUAAUCGUAAAUUUUCUACUAUGUUUUGACCACAUUAAAAUGAUUUUGAAUACAGUAUCUUCUAAUCUUGCCUGUGGUGGUUCAUAUAAUACAAUUGAUUUUCUAUCUCUUCUUCUUAAUUAUUGCUAGCAUCAUUUAAGCUGCCUUUGUACAAAAGUGAUUAUUGACCAUAUCUUCUCUUUUCACAGUACCUUUUCAUUUCUCAUGAGUUCUAUUUGAUUAUAUUCCAGACUCUUUAAAUAAAUUAUUCUGAAAUGA